CAUUCAUCUGAUCUAGGAUGUUUAUCACAAUACUCUCAAAUGGCAAGAGAUAUAAAGAUAUAGGGGUUUUAUUUGGGUUGCUUUUCAUUCAGAAUAAAUACGCUUUAUUUGUGUAGCCCUCUUAAAUAAACAUAUAUGUUUUCUCACACACACGAGGUCAGAAGAAGUAGCCAAGUUAAUACGUUUAUUUUUAAGAUUUUUGAGUUCUUGGCAUUCUUUGACUCAUGGCGUUCUGACACUAGCUUGCACCCUGAAAUCUCACCUGCUAUAUCAUGAAAGUGACCCUGGUCAACGUGACAAAGUCUGAGCAGGUUGGCAUCACCUGAAACCCUUCUUAGAACCUUUCCUUCGAAGAAUUCAAGGAACAGAGGUACCUGGUAGAAGAAACGUCACUACUACUACACGUCAAUUCCAAGAAAACUAGAGCAGGCACCAUCUAUUAAUGAAAAGGUACGAGUAGGGAGCUGGUCUCCCCUAUAUAGCACAGACUACUACUAGACUGGACAAAUAACUCAUUUCUUCGACCAUAUCUUAGUAAGAGGAUGAGCAGAAUGCAGGCGGUGGAGGGGCACCGAGCAAGCAGGAGUAGGCGUGAGGAGGCGGCCGGCGGUGGAGAAGCGGCGGCGGAGGGAUACGUCAAGGAGUACACGCGCCACUCCAACGACGUGCUGCUGAACCUGAACGAGCUCCGUCACCGGGACAUCCUCACUGACGCCACCUUGAUGGUGGGCAGUGCCAGGCUGCGGGCACACUGUGCUGUGCUGGUGGCCUGCAGUGGCUACUUCUACACACUGGUUGUGCAGCGGGGCCAAAGCCCGGGUCCUGGGGGGCACGGGGUGUCCUUCUCUCUGCCUGACGGCUUGGAGGCGUCCAGCGUGUCCCUGCUGCUGGACUUCAUGUACACCUCCCGGCUGGCCCUGAGCCCCCACACCGUACCUGGGGUCCUGGCGGCCGCCACUUACCUGCAGAUGGAGCACGUGGCUGACACCUGCAGGACCUUCAUGCUGAAUAGUGAGAGACUCCCUGCUGCUCCUCCCUUGUUGGAGCUGUCCUCCAUGCCUCCUGCCGUGUACAGGGCGCCCCCUGGAGGAGCGUUCUCUAAGUACAGCCCCGGUAGCAGCAGCAGCAGCAGCAGCAGUAGCAGUAGCGGUAGCAGCUCCCUUCUGAUGUUCCCCCACACCUCCCAGCCUGCAGCCAAGGAGGCUGAGGAGAGCCACAACAUGGCCAGGGUUCCAGGGGAGCAGCGGGCCUCGGUGGAGCAAGGGACUCGCCUGAGUCAGGAGCCCAGGUCCCAGAGCCUGAAGCUGGAGGAGUCUGAGCCGGUGGCCCCCUCUCCAGACAGUCCCUCCUGCUCCAACGGACAGCCCAACUCACCAGCCGAGUCCAGCAGCUGCAACCUCAGCCCCAAAUCCAGGAGAGCAAGUGAGACCAAGACUACUCCUGACCCUAAGGCCUGUAACUGGAAGAAGUACAAGUACAUCGUCCUCAACCCCCUCUGUGCCACCAACAUCAAGGAGGAGGAGACCAGUGUGGGUAGUCCCUCCCCUAAUGCUGAGGAUAGGAUGGACACCACACCUAAAGCAACCAAUGACAAGUGGCCAAAGUCAGAGCAGGAAAUGAUGGACAGACAGGGGAUGGUGACGUUGUGCUGUGUACCUCAGCGGACCCCCUCCACCCUGCCCAUGCCUGGGUUUCUGCCCUGUACCCUGGACUCCGUCCUGGACCACCAGGCCCUCCUGCCCCAGGGCAACGCAGUCACCUGUUCACCCUAUCUACCACCUUGCCCACCUGAGCUUGAGACAGCCAAUCAGGAUGGCCCGUCAACCUGUAAACAUUCAAUCAAACGUGAGAGCCCCUACUCCCUGAUCUGUUACCCAGGAAACCUGAGUGCUGCCAAACCGUCAUCCACAGGUGACAAGCCAUAUCGCUGCAAUGUGUGCGGAGCCAAGUUCAACCGGCCCGCCAACCUGAAGACCCACUCUCGCAUCCACUCUGGAGAAAAGCCCUACCACUGCGACACAUGCGGCGCCCGAUUCGUCCAGGUAGCUCACCUGCGUGCCCAUGUCCUGAUCCACACUGGAGAGAAGCCGUACCCCUGCCACACCUGCGGCACUCGUUUUCGCCACCUGCAGACGCUCAAGAGUCACCUGCGCAUACACACAGGGGAGAAGCCUUACAGCUGUGAGAAGUGUGACCUGCACUUCCGCCACAAGAGUCAGCUCCGCCUCCACCUGAGGCAGAAGCACGGCGCCAUCACCAACACCAAGAUCCGCUACAAGGUGCUCAACGACCCCUACCAGCCCGCCCUGCUCCAGGCCUGCUGAGCUCCCAUUGGAUACACACUCGCACACAACGAGAGUCACCAUGACAACGAGUGAAAAACCUUCACCAAUAACGUAAUGUCCAAAGACAGGGAUUUUGAAGAGGUCUUGUGUCUCAACGCCACUUGACCUGUUUGUUGUCACCUUCAAAUUGAUGGAGAAUGUGGGUGAGGUGACUUUUUUUUUUCUUUUUCUUUUUUUUAACAAGGGCAUUAUUUAUUAAUUCUAUUCACCUCUGUUUUUAAUUUAUUACAUAUGAGAGCAGAAGUCUGGAGAUUAAUAUAACGUGAAGAAUAAGUUGAGGAAGUUGAAGUUCAUUAGAAUGGUUAUCAAUCAUGUGGAGAUUCUGACGAUGGUCUGUGGGGAGAGUUGAAGGCGAAUGAGGGAAUUUGGAAGUGAAUAUUUGAAUGGCCGAGGAAAGGUGUACUGAUCUAGUAUUAUGGAUAAAAUCAUGAAAAGGAAAUUAAUUUCACACGAAUGUUUUGCUGGAAGGGAGAGAGUAUGUUGACAAGAAAGGCAAGUAAGUGAUAUGAAAGCUAUUUAUGUGCAGGGUUUUUUUUUUUAAUAUAUAAUUUUAUUUUUUCAUGUUAUUUAUGUUUCCAUGUUACCACUCUAUCAGACUAUAUUCCAAAGUGAGUGAUCCGGCUCUUUCUGACUCUCUUAUACAAACGUACGAGAAGAGGUCAAAGGUUAUCAAUGUUCUCACUUUGAACAUGUCAUUAAGGGGGCAUUGGGGGCAGCAGAACGUGUCACGUGUCACGUGUGGGGUAGUUAUUACCUAACUUGCUUUGAGUCUGUUACCACCACUGGCCUGGUGCCGUGGAGGCUGUGUUUAAUUUUGUAUGCAGGAAGUUAUCCUGUGGGGCAGGUUAGCUUGAAUGCUACAUGCCCUCCACUGUGUUAUUAUCUUCAUUAUUAUUGUGGAAGCAAAGGCACAUUAUCAUUAUUAUUAUUAUUUUUAUUAUUAUUAUAGGACUCUGGUGUAUAAUGACAUUUUUAAAGUGAGACGUCCGAGCUGGCCGAGGACCGUAUGUUAACCAAAGCAAAGUAUUUGUAAUUGUAAAGGUUGGUUUUGUGAUUUCAAAUUAUAUGGAGCUCUUUUGCUGGACAAAGACAAGACCUGAUUUUUGGGGUUUUUUAUAUAAAAAUUAAAGAGAAAUUGA